ACCUUGGAACAAAGAAACCCAUCUCAUCAUCUCCUACCAAUUCCUUGCUCGUUUUCCUCCAUAACUCCCACAAAUGGAAAUGCUUCCCCAACCCAUUUUUUCAUCCACUUUUGUGUGCAUCAUCAUCAUCUUUUCCAUCUUGCCCUUUCUCCCACCAUCAUACAGCGAUCCCUUGGAUGAGUUCAUCGAGUGUAGCCGUUCUACUUCCUUCGAGUGCGGCCGCCUUGGAGCCUUUUACUAUCCUUUUUGGAACGACAAUACUCCGGUGCAUUGUCAUCCGCUUGGAUUCCGCUUGACAGACUGCGAAAAAGAGGUUCCCACCAUAGACUUUGGCCCAGAUGGUUCAUUCCAACUGCAGCAGAGAAACCCAUCAGAUUACAACAAAUUGACGAUUGCUCCAAUGAAUUUACAGGCACUUAUUUGUCCCGAGACAACACAUCACGGAACUCUGCUGCCUCCUUUCUUCAAAUUCUCUGAAACCAACAAAAACUUCCCUCUGUUCUACGACUGUCCUUCACCUUAUUGUGUACCGCCUAUUAGGAUUGAUGUUUGCGGACUCCAUAAACCCUUCUUCUCCACGAAUGAUUCAAAACUUGUGGGGUAUGAUCAUUGCAAGUGCAAUUCUGUGGAAGUUAAGGUUAAUCAGACGGUUUUCGACAAAGUCCAGAAAGGGGAACUGACAUUGGUUGAUGCUUUGAAACAAGUUUGGUUUGAUGUGGAGUACAACAGUAGUGCGGUUUUCUGUGAUCAAUGUGAGAGCUUAGGCGGGGAAUGCGUAAACAAUUCGACUUCAGAUCAGUAUCUACGAGAAGCAUGCACGCAUCAUCCAGGAAGGACUUAUGCCCUCAAAACCAGAAUUCUGAUUAUAGCUAUUGCCACAACAAGCGUUGGAGUACUGCUAGCUUUUAUCAUUAUAGUUGCUUUCAAGAGGAAUAAUAAGAAGGUAACAAAGAGUGACCGAAAAAUUGAGGCUUUCAUCAGAAAUUUUGAAACUUUGACUCCUAGAAGAUACAGUUUUGGGGAUGUCAAGAGAAUGACCAAUUCAUAUAAAGAAAAACUAGGACGUGGUGGUUAUGGAGAUGUGUACAAAGGUAAUCUACCAGAUGGUCGUCUUGUAGCUGUGAAGGUCCUUAAUGUAUCUAAGGGGAAUGGAGAAGAAUUUAUUAACGAAGUUGCAAGCAUUGGUAGAACUUCCCAUGUCAAUGUUGUUACACUUCUAGGAUUUUGUUUGGAGGGUGAAAAGAGAGCUUUGAUCUAUGAGUUCAUGCCAAAUGGAUCUCUAGAAAAGUUCAUCUUCAAGGAAAGCACUUUGGAGGAUAAUCAGAAUUUGGGAUGGGAAAAGCUAUAUAGUAUUGCAAUUGGAAUAGCUCGAGGGCUCGAGUACUUGCAUCGUGGAUGUAACACAAGGAUUUUACAUUUGGACAUAAAACCUCAAAACAUUCUUCUUGAUGAAAAAUUUUGCCCAAAGAUCUCUGAUUUCGGACUGUCCAAACUAUGCUCUAGAAACGAUAGUGUUGUGUCAACGUUGGGGCCCAGAGGAACACCUGGGUAUAUAGCUCCAGAAGUUUUUUUUCGUAACUUUGGAGCUGUUUCACAUAAAUCAGACAUCUACAGCUAUGGAAUGAUGGUUCUUGAAAUGGUUGGAGGAAAGAAGAGCCUCCAAACAGGGGUAAGUGCUAGCAGUGAGUAUUUUCCUGAUUGGAUUUAUAGGCAUCUGGAAUUGGUUGAUGAACUUAGACUGCAAGGUUUGAAGUCCAAAGUGGAAACUGAUACCGAAAGGAAGAUGACAUUGGUGGGGCUGUGGUGCAUACAAAUAAAACCUUCAAACAGGCCAUCGAUAGAAAAGGUGAUUGAGAUGUUGGAAGGAAGUGUGGAAGCUUUGCCAAUUCCACCCAAGCCUGUUCUUUCUUCUCCCCCAAGACCUCUACCUGAUUCUUCCGCCACAUCUGGUUGUGAUACUAUAUCACUACUAGAUUAAUUUGCAGACUAGGUUUAUCUUUUAUGUCUAUCUAAAGGAAUUUGUACUGAUUGUUAAGACUAUAAAUCUGUGACGGUACAAGGGUCAUGACUAGUUCAUGUUAGGUUGAUAUGUUAGUUUUCCUUGUGUUUGGUUUAAGUGAGCUAUUGGCCCACGUCAUUAGGAUUCCAUGAUAAUGCAGUAAAUAUUCAUGGUGAGG